AAAACAGUAGUCUUGUAAUUUGUGCGCAGUAUUGGAAUUGAUGUUCAAAGUUUCUGUGCGGAUUGGAACAUUCGCUACAUUUAGUGUAAGGCGUAUAAUGAAAGGCGCCGGGAUCAUAUUGAUCUGCGCAUUAACACUUGUAAAAGGAUAUGUAGUUGACAUAAACAAAUAUGGUUGUCCAUUGGAUUACACCAUAGAACGCUUAUUUGAGCAUGAAGAUUGUAACAAGUUCUAUCAGUGCACAAUAGGAGAGUUAGUAGAACAUACAUGUCCGAAAGAUCUGCUUUUCAACAUUGAAAAAAAUAAAUGCGAUUGGCCACAAAAUGUAAUUUGCGGUGACAGAGUAAUACCAGAUAAGGAUGACAGCAAUCAAGAUGUCGAUACGGAUGGUGAUGCUAACGGUGGAAAUUGCAAUCCCAGUGAAGCCCCAAACAUUUGCGCUGCCGAUGGUUCUGACGGCAUUUUAGUCGCUCAUGAGAACUGCAAUCAAUUUUAUAAAUGUUUAAAUGGAAUUCCUGUCCCAUUAAAGUGUUCGUCAAAUUUAUUGUACGACCCUAACAAGGAGAGAUGUGAUUGGCCUGAAAAUGUAAGGUGCGGUGACAGAAUUAAACCAGACUGUAACUCUAACGAUGGCAAUGACGCACAAGUUGAAAAUGACGGAGCUAACAAUGGAGAAGAGGGAACCUGUAACUGUAACCCCGGAGAAGCAGCAUCGAUUUGUGCAGCACCAGAUACAGAUAGCAUGUUAAUAGCCCAUGAAAACUGUAAUAAAUUCUACAUUUGUGCUCACGGCAAACCCGUUGCAAUGUCAUGCCCUGCAGAUCUUUUAUACGAUCCCUACAGAAAACAAUGUUGGUAUCCAGAAGAGGUCGAAUGUGGAGAUAGAGUUAUCCCUGAAGACAACGGAAAUGGCGAUGGCGGCGGCGGCGGCGGUGGUGGAGGAGGCGGCGGUGGUGGAGACGGUGGCGGUGGAGGCGAUGGCGGCGGUGGCGGCGGUGGAGGUGGCGGCGGAGGAGGUGGCGGUGGCGGUGACGGCACCUGUAACUGCAACCCUGGUGAAGCUCCUUCCAUUUGUGCUGCUCCAGACUCCGACGAGAACAAUGUUGGUAUCCAGAAGAGGUCGAAUGUGGAGAUAGAGUUAUCCCUGAAGACAACGGAAAUGGCGAUGGUGGCGGCGGCGGUGGCGGCGGUGGUGGAGGAGGCGGCGGUGGUGGAGAUGGUGGCGGUGGAGGCGAUGGCGGCGGUGGAGGUGGCGGCGGUGGUGGUGACGGUGGCGGUGGAGGCGAUGGCGGCGGUGGAGGCGGCGGCGGUGGUGGAGGCGGCGGAGGUAAUGGCACCUGUAACUGCAAUCCAGCUGAAGCACCGAAAUCUGUUUUACGAUCCCUACAGAGAACAAUGUUGGUAUUCUAACGAAGUAAACUGUGGAGACAGAAUAAUACCAGAAAAUAGCGGCAGCGGUGAUGGUUGCCAUUGUUCUCCUCGUGAAGCACCUUCUAUUUGUAGGUCAGAAGAUUCCGAUGGAAUUUUAAUUGCGCAUGAAAAUUGUCGUAAAUUCUAUCUGUGUUCCCACAACGUCCCUAUUGAAAUGCAUUGCCCUUCCAAUCUAUUAUACGAUCCUUAUGCAGAAAGAUGCGGCUUCCCAGAAGACGUUGUCUGUGGUGAAAGAAUGAUUUAG